UGACUUUGAGAGAGCACCACGUGUGAACAAGAAACGAAAAUGAUACUUAUUCUGUGCCUACUCGCUGUAUGCAGCGCGGUCCCUUUGAGAAAGAACGAAGAUGAAUCAAAAAUAGUGUUGUGGAAUGUAAAUGAUCACGCAAUGGCUGGUGAAGUACCUUCAAGUAUUUCGACAAGUGCAGUUGAUAGUGAUUUAGUAAAAUUAAUAGCAAGUAAGAGUGAAAGUAAAAUUCGGAUGAAAAGAUUUAUAACGAUCGGAGGUGGCUGUCCUGAGGAUUAUAUCAUGAUGCCAGGCCCCAUUGGAUGCGUGACGUGUGAAAAGUACAGAGAACUAACUGAUGAAGACUGCUGAAGGACUACAUUUAGGCUCAAUGGAGAACGAAGGCUUAUUUUAUAUUAGAAUCUCAUGCUACAAAUGACAGAAGACUACGGGUUUUAAUAUAAGUAAUAUUAUAGGUUUACUCGUUUUAAAUUGUGAAGCUCAUUUAAUGCCAGUGACAUACAGCCAGCGUCAAAUAGUUCGCGACACCCAAAGUGGCCAAAAUGUUGACAACGCAAUCUUGUCCCAAGUAACAAAGAUAUGUGGCGAACUUUUUGGCUACUUUAGGUGUCACGAAAUGUUUGACGCUGGCCGUAGAGUCAAUCUGGGUAACUUUGCCCAUCAGUAUAACGUUGACUCAAAAUAUACUAAUUGGAAAUGGUAGGGUUUUUCUUACUUUAUUUUAAUUUAUCAAAUACGCAUUGUAUCUUUGACUCGUUUAAAAUAUUGGUGGUCCAGCUGUAGAUCCACAGGAGCUGCAGCGGUGAAAGAAAGAAAAUAUUUUAUUUGGCCCAACAUAUUAAAUUAUUACAGUAUACAGUUUACAAUACUUGCAAAUUUGUGGACCAAAAUGGCAUCCGCUCAGCAUUGUGUCCUGCUCUGAGGUAGACCCAGAACAGGACGCUGUUAUUCUGCGGAUGCCACUUUUUUAACGGUGGGAACGAGAGGUGGGAAUAGUCCCGUUUUGAUGGGCAAAGUAACCCAGAUUGACCGUACAUUAAUUAUAUUAAGUUGUACUUAAAUAGUCAUUAGUCUAUUUAUUGUAUAAUGUUUAAGCUAUACUUUACUUGCUAUUGAUUUCCAACAAAGUUGGGCAUUUUCUAAUAAAGAAGGAAUGUGAUUUAGAUUUAAU